AUGGAGAUUUUAAUGAAGGAAUUCAUAACCAAGAACGAUGCCACAAUGAAGGAAUUAAUGACUAGGACUGAUGCUACCAUGAAGGACAUGAAGGAUGUGAAGGAUUACAUGGGCAGAAAUGACGUUACGGUAAGAAAUUUAGAGAUGCAAUUGGGACAACUUGCGAAUGAGGUAAGGACAAGACCCCGGGGUUCAUUAYCGAGUAGUACARAAGAGCCAAGAAGAAUAGGAAAAGAGCAUUGCAACUCCAUUGCAACAAGGAGUGRACUAACAUAYGAAGGACCUCGAAUGCCAGAUGAAUCUUCCCCUAGCCCUUCGARAGAGAAAGACACACWSGCCGUACCUGRCAAAAUAGUAGAACCAGAGGUAAGUGUACCGGUUGCCCCACAGGUAAGUAACUCUAGACCUCCUCCUCCCUUCCCCCAACGUUUAGUAAGGAAAAAUCAGGACAAUAAUUUUCGUAAGUUCCUAGACAUCUUGAAACAACUGCACAUUAACAUGCCCUUUGUUGAAGCUCUUGAGCAAAUGCCUACUUAUGAAAAGUUCUUAAAAGACAUAAUAACUAGGAAGAAAAAGUUAGGAGAGUAUGAGACGGUAGCUUUGAAAGAAUAUAGUAGUAAUGUUUUUAAGAGCAAAAUGCCCCCUAAGCUUAAAGAUCCUGGCAGCUUUACAAUCCCUUGUUUAAUAGGAGGUAAAGAUGUAGCGAGAGCACUAUGUGAUUUAGGGGCUAGCAUAAAUCUCAUGCCUUUGUCCAUUUUUAAGAAAUUAGAAAUAGGGAAAGCUAGUCCUACCACCGUCAUACUCCAGUUAGCAGAUAGAUCAAUCACCAAACCAGAAGUAAAAAUAGAAGAUAUCCUAGUAAAGGUUGAUAAAUUUAUUUUUCCUGCUGACUUUAUUAUUUUAGACAGUGAAGCUGACAAGGAUGUGCCUAUCAUUCUCGGACGCCCAUUCCUAGCUAUAGGAGAAACUCUAAUUGAUGUUAAGAAGGGAGAACUCAAGAUGCGCGUUGAUGAUCAGAAGGUGACAUUCAAUAUGCUGGAUGCAAUGAAAUAUCUGGACGAUAUGGAAGAGUGUGCAGUAAUUAGCAUUGAUAAGGGAAUUACUUGUUAUGAGUUGGAUGAUUUGUUAAAUGCAGAAAUAGAGGCAGAGUUAGAAGAAGCAGAAAAGGAAGGCAUCAUAGCGACAACUGCUUUGAAGAAAGAAAAGAGAAAGUCAAUUAAGCCUUUAAAAAUAGAACCACCGUGA